AUUUACAGCGUGUUAGAAAAGUGAUGUGACGAUAGUAGUUAAUUAAAUUAAAUAUUUAUUAUGCAUCCCAAGAAGAAAUUAGAGAAAAAUGGCACUGUAAAAUCUGCCUUACCAUCUGUAUGGGCACGAAUUUUUACACCUUGUUCUAAGUGGCCAGAUAAGGAUGAAUUUUUAGAUGUAAUUUAUUGGGCUCGACAAAUUAUUGGAGUACUUAUAGGUCUAGCAUGGGGAUUAAUACCUCUGAAAGGAUUUAUAGGAUUAGCAUUAUUUUGUUUCUUAAAUGUAGUAAGUCUUUAUACAUAUACAACAGCCUUCCAGAAAAUUGAUGAAGAAGAAUUUGGAGGAGCAUGGGAACUUAUAAAAGAAGGCUUUAUGACUUCAUUUGCAAGUUUCCUAGUUACUUGGAUUAUGAUGUAUUCUGCGACUCAUUUUGACUGAAGAUGACAAUAUAAAGAAUUAUUUAUUCAUUUUCAUAUUUAAAAAUAUUCACUUAAACUGACAGAAUCAUCUUUAAUGGAUUUCUAUUUUUUUACAACUGAAAUAUAUAGAACUGCAUAUAUAUGUCAUUUAAAUUUGUAAUAAAUUUUGAUAUUUAGUGUUUACAUUGGCAGUAUUGUAAUUUUGUAAAUAUCUGUACAGACUAGAAAUCAUUGAAGUGUCUCAAUAAUUAUUUAUUAAUAUCUUUCAUAUUAAAAAUUAAAAUAUUUAUGGAUAGGUGUGUGUGUGUUGCAAAUACUUUGUAUAUGUAUCUUAUUCUAUUGUUUAUCAAUUUUCUGGAUAAAUUGUGGAAUUUAGAUUUUUAAUACCAGUUUUGUAAAUUUUUCUUAUGUAUUUGAUUUUUUGAAAAGGUUGUAUCAUCAUAGUUCAUUAUUAUAUUUAAAAUAUUUUGCUUGUCCACUAUUUUGUUAUAUUCUUCUUAAAUGCCGACUUUGUAGAGGCAAAAAAGUUCAAAUCAGUGCUGAUUUUAAUGAUGGGUCAAUUUGUCUUUUGAUCUAUACUUGCCACGAGUUUCAAAUUGAAAUAUUCAAUGUUUUUCAAAAGACGAGCAUAAUUAUCCAAAAUCAGGAAUAAAGUAUUUGGUUUCCAUAUCGCAGUUAUUAGCAUUUUCAUAAAAAAAAAUAAAAAACAUAUUUUUUGUAAUUAAAAAUGUAAAUGAAGUGUUAUCCAAUUUUUUUAAAAAAAAUCUGAGGCCAUAUAGCCCUAUAGGGUUUUGUCAUAAUCAGUAAAUUGGAAAUUGUCCUAACAUGAAAAUCAAGCCGUUUACAUGAGAAUUAUCCAGUAUGAGAAAUGUAAAUAAAUUCUUAGAUUACUCAUGGGGGACAUGCCAAAUUAAAUAAAUCAGUUCUUAGUUGAAAGGUUAAGCUAGUGAUCUUUAAGAAGUAAUUUGAACUCUUAUUAUUAUCUGAACAUAAAAAAAAUGUGUUUUUUGGUUAUGUUUAAUAUAUUUAUACUUGAAAUAUCAAGUUGUCAAACAUCAGUUCAUAAUGUUUUCCAAAAUUUUAUGUCAGUGCUCUAUAUUUAUCAGAACUUGCAUCAAAUUUUAAUUUAUUAGGGUCAUUUUAUGUCUCCAGUAAUAUGUAUAAUCAGUUAUUAGAAAACCAUUAUAUGCUAAAUAUGUACUCAAAGCAGAGGCUAAUAUUUUUUUUAAUUCUAGUUAGGUGGUAUUUUUUUAACAAAUGACCAACAAUAAAUUAGAAUGACUGUCAUCAAAAUUUAAGUCUGUUGUCUUUUCCCACCCUUGUAUAUGGAACUUCUGUGGCUUGAAUUUGAUGUUACAGACUAGUUAAAUUAAAAGCCUAAACUAUUUAAUUUUGAAACAUUCUUUUUCUCAUUAAACAUUUAUUUAUUAUGGUGUUUCUGUGUGUUGAAGUAUAUGUGGAAAAAAAUGUUUAAAAGUGUUUGGGAUUUUUAUGCUUUACUGUUUUUGUAUAUUUUUACUCUUCUUGUUCCUUCCUUUUAUAAUUGCUCUUAUGAGCUAAAAUAAACAUAUAAUUCAAAAAUAGACUUACAGAUCAGUUAUACAGUUAUGAAUGUGUAAUUUGUCAAUUUUCAGUUGUAAACUACUGUAUUAAAUAUUUGACUAAUGUUUCACUCUAUUGAAAUUGUGCAUUUAUUAAUACUUUACUUCAUAGUAAACUACAAAUCAUUUUAUGAAUUAUGUAUUACAUAUAGUUAUAAUAGAUGUAAAUAUUUGACUAAUGCCAAAUGUUUUUCUUUACUCCACAGUAAAACUACAGAUUUGUUUGUAAAAUAUAUGUAAUUGUAUAGAGGUAAAUCUAUAUAUAUUAUAAAGAAUUAUAUGCAACAUCAAGCAGAUCUUUGUUUUAUUUUGUGCAACGUUAAAUAUAGGAUUUUCCCUAGACCAAGUUUUCAGAUUUAAAAAAUUUUAAUGAACAGAAAAAAGUGUGGUGCUUAUAUUAUAGAUAUAAAAAUAGCAUUUUAAUAAAUAAGUUUAUUACAAUAAAA